GCAACUCGCGCUUUCAUCCCGUUGAUAUUGCCCUCUUCUACACGUAGGACAGAUCGCCAGAUCGCCAGAUUGCGACAUCCUCACUACAUCGACAUUCGAUCUCCAGCAACGUCCCCGCCAAAUUUCCAAAAUGAGCCCAACAGUCCACAUCGAAUCGUCGUUGCAAUGGAACUCCAUCAUAGGCUCGUCAGCUGUUGUCAUCGCUGACUUUUAUGCAGACUGGUGCGGGCCCUGCAAGAUGAUUGCGCCAACUUUUGAGUCGCUCUCGACCAAGUACUCGAAGCCCAAGAAAAUCACGUUUGUCAAGGUCGACUGCGAUAGGCAGGGCGAAAUAUCACAGCGGUACAGCGUUCGCGCCAUGCCAACCUUCCUCAUCUUCCACAACGGCUCCGUCAUUCAAACGAUCCAGGGAGCCAGCCCGCCAGCCCUUGGUGCCGCUGUCGACAAGGCCGUCAAGCUGGCCGGUGCCAGUCCCGCUCCCGGUGCUGUGUUCGGGAACAAGGGGCAGAGGCUCGGAGGCGCCGGCAUCACCAGCCAGACAACCGGCGCCACCGCUAGGACCUCACUAUCUCGGCCAAUCAUGUGGGACUUGAAUAAGUUCCUUGGCGCAAUAACAGCAUUCAUUGGCUUGUAUUUCGUCUCGCUAUUCUCUCUUGACCCCUACAUGUCGGCCAAAAGUUCACCGUUCAACAAGAAUCGGCCGCCGCUGGUGGUCCAGGGAGGCACGGCCGGCCAGAAACUAGCGGCGCGCGCAGCAACAUUCAAGACGUUGGCUGAUUUAGGCAGCGAGUAAACGAGAGGGUAUAGGCAGUGCGCACUUGAUUUUGAUGGAAGCGGGAGUUUGGGCAUCUUUUUCUCGAGGACGGCGGUAUUGAUUUACGCGUGGCUGAGGUACCUAAGUUACAGAUGGUUCCUUUAUAUCUUGUGGUGUUCAUUAUUAGAAACAAAAAAUCUCGAUACAGUACAUCUCUCAAGGAGAGGCGAACCGGCACUUAAGGUAGAGUGAAGUAUCUCUACAUGUUUAGCAAGUUAUUUAGGUAUCUAGUGAUUACUGAGAAUGGGGGAAGGGUGGGUUAAUUGCCACUUACGGAGAACCUGGUAGGGGGUGCACGAUGGGCUGGCUUGUCACGUGGUCCCAGCUGUUACGCGAUAAUUCAGCGAUUCCCCCGAGCGCGAGCUUGGACAUUGAAAUAGAAAUUCCUUUUUUGA